AUGCUGGGCAAAUUCAUCUCCGAAACGUACAACAAAGUGAAGAGCAAAGCAGAUGAAGUGAGAUUACACGUAAGCGUUCAGGCAAUAAAGGCCAAGGAAGUCUUCGGACUGGUCAAACCAACAACUGUGGAGCAACUGGAGGUUUUACUAAACUAUGAGUUGCAGCAAAUAGACACAGCAGAAGCAUUAAUAGGAACAUAUAAAAAAUGGAUAUACAAUUUAUCUCAAUCGGAAAAAAGUGACUCUAUAAGCAACGAAGAACAGAAAGAUAACACCUUCCAAGUGAAAAGAAGAAGCGAACUUACCCUAUCAAAUAGUAACAUCACUAGUGCGUGUAACAGUGACAUUAUCGAUGCGUAUGACUCCUACUGCAAUAGCGAGGAUGAACCUGCAAAGAGGGAGACAAAUCUGGAUGUACAGGAUCAAAAUAGUGCAGGAAUAGCAACUACAGUUAAGUUAAACGAUAUCAUUGAUGCGGAGCCGAAGCUCCACGUAAAGUUAGGAAGCCAGGAAAGUCUGCCAAAUGUUAAAAGCAACACUGCACACGAAACGAUCAGCACGGACAAGAAUAAAACCAACACAGCACACGAAACGAUCAACACGGGCAAGAAUAAAGCCAACUCGACAAGCAAGUACGAACCUAGCCAAAAUACAAACAAAGAACAGCUAGAUAGCUACAUCUAUGAUGAUCACUACGGAUACAAUUUUAAAGAAUUUUUUUUAAAGAGUAACAUACUGGAAAAAUCUAUAAGCCUUAUUUUAGAAAAAAGAGAAAUUAGAUUAUCGCUAGUUGGACCCAUAGAAAAAGACGACCUAGAAAAUCCAAGAACCACCAUUCUUACCAUGUUCAGUCACUGCCUAAUUGGAAAUCAAAAGCUCCAUAAAGAUAUCCUCUUCAUUAUAUUAACAACGGAUAAGCUAUUUGAAAAUCACAAAGAAUUAUUUCUAGAACUAUUAGCUGUUCUCAAGUAUGACUACUUAGAUGUGUACUUGAUGAACAUCAGAAAAAUCAUAUCAGCUGAGGUUCUUUCUCUAAAAAGUAAAAUCCAGAUGUACGACUCGCAACUCAUCAAUGUGAGUAAGCUUUCCUCCGUCGACAUCCUCAGCCCGAGGACCAGCAUCUCCUCCAUCGACUUGGACAAGGAGGAGGGACAAUCCCAGCAGUAUACAUCACGCCACAUGGAGAAGCGAGACAUCGAGGUGCCACCCCCUGCAUUCAGUUUCGAAAGUUUGGACAGCCAACCGAUUAAUGCACGUGUACACGACGGUGCUGAGCAGUUGCCUCACGAAACACAAUCACUCGCGACAGCGAACAGAACAAAUUCAGCUAACCAAACGAAUGAGGAAAAUACAUUAGAAACAGAAGGCGCGUGGGAAAAUGACACCCCACGAACGGAGCUUUACAAAGAAGACAACAAAACAGAGUCCCCUACAGACGAAAAAGAAAUUAUAGAAUCGAACAAAAUGCAGCAGAUAAAAAUAUUGGCCUCAGCUAAACUGAUAGAAUUACAUAAAAUGUUACAGAGGAUACUCCAAGUAGCCACGGAAAAUAGACAAAAGAGGAAAAUAGAAAUCAAAAUAAAGUUAGAAGAACUGAAGAAAAUUAUGGAGGUCUGCAAAAAGGAUUGCGAAAUAACGCUGAACGAUACGGAAGAUUCAAAAGUACACAUAGAAAAUGUAUACGUAAAGGAGCUAGACCUAAGAACGAACAGUAUCAACCAAACACAAGAACAAGUAGAUCAAAUCAAGAAGCACAUAGAAGAACUAUUAAAAAAGAAAAGCAACCUAUUCAAUGAAUAUCAAAUUGUAUGCAAUGAAAUAAACAUAAUGAACAAACAACUAUCCUCAGUCUUAUCCAACUUAACAAAUUACAAAAAGGAAUUAAAUCAAGCAGAAGUGGAAUAUUUAAAUAAACUCUCAAACACAAAUAAAGCCAAACAUAUGCAUCAGGAGAGGAAGUUAUAUAUAUCCAACUUGGAUAACAUCUCGGAUGAAAUUCUAAGAGAGUAUGAAAAUUCGACCUACAUAAGUACAGAUGAAUUGGUGUCCAAAAGGAUGAAAAUGAAGAAGCCGCUAAACAAAGUUAUUACUAACCAUUUAACUUACCUGAAAGAUAAACUUUGCUUACUAAAUACAUUAUUAAAAUUUUAUGUGCAGCGGGUGAAGUUCCUCCUGGGGCAACCACACACCGAGGAAGGAGCAGCGCAGGGGGACCAUACCGAUGAGUGCAUUCCUGCGGAAGGGUGCGACAUGGGGGAUACGCUCAGCCACUCCGCGAGAGAUACGGAAAGCAACGCCGUGGGAGACGACAACCCCAACUCCUUUGCCUCCUCAAACCAUCAAGAGCAGGCCAAAAAGCUAAAACUGAUCAAGUAUAAAAAAUGCUACUUCAAAAUUAUCGAGCAAAUAAGCAAAGUCUGGGUUGCUAUACAAGAAUUUUACGAUCUCAAUAAAGAGAACAUAGACGAUGCUGAAGCCGACUGCCCUGCCGAUGCCGUAUAUCAGCAGAUUAACGACCUGUACAAUUACAGCAAGCGGUUUAUCAUGGAAAAUAGCCCCAUCAUUACGUCAAUCUCAUGA